AUGGCAACCCGUAAAAGUGCUUCUGAUAGUGGUAUUCAGUAUGUUCAAAUUGAUGGACUGGUGGUCCUCAAAAUUGCUAAACAUUGCGAAGAAGAAGGUGCUGGUGACUUUGUCCAAGGCGUCUUGCUUGGUCUUGUGGUAGAAAACCGUCUGGAGAUUACCAACUGCUUUCCUUUCCCCAGACACACUGAAGAAGAGGAAUUUGAUGAAGUUCAAUACCAGAUGGAAAUUUUUCGUAAUCUGCGUCAUGUGAACAUUGAUCAUUUACAUGUUGGUUGGUACCAAAGUACCUAUUUUGGUUCCUUCAUCAACCGACCUCUUGUGGAGUCUCAAUACAAUUACCAACAUUCUAUUGAGGAGUCUAUUGUUCUUAUUUAUGAUCCCAUUAAGACCACUCAAGGCUUCCUGUCUUUAAAAGCUUAUCGUCUUACUGAUGCCAUGAUGGACUUCUACAAAGAAGGUGAAUUUACACCAGAGUCGGUGAAUAAACUCAAAUUGAAUUUUGAGAAUAUGUUCACAGAGAUUCCAGUUGUCAUCAGAAACUCUCAUCUUGUUAAUGUGCUCAUGUGUGAAUUGGAGCAAAAAGCAACUGAAAGUGAAAAAUAUCAAUUUUUGGACUUAGCCACCAGUUCUAUGUUAGAAAAGAAUCUUCGUCAAUUGAUUGAGUGUGUGGAUGAUGUGGCAGCUGAUACUAACAAAUAUCUCACCUUCCAAAAAUUAUAUCAGCGUCAACAACAGUCUAAACAGCAGCAUAUUCAUAAAAGACAACAGGAGAACUCUGCCCGAGCUGCUAAAGGAGAACCUGCAUUGCCUGAAGAGGAUAUAAAUAAAUUGUUUAAACCCUUGCAAGCACCACAACGUCUUGAUAGCAUGUUGAUUGCUGGACAGAUUGACAAUUAUUGCACACAAAUUCUUGAGUUUACCUCUCAGAGUUUUGGUAAACUUUUCAUGGCUGACAGCUUACAAGCAGUAAAUGCUCAACAGAAUUAA